ACUUGAGAAAUUUUACGUCAUCCAACGGCCAUUAAGUGGAUUUUCUUAUAUCGAACGACGGAAAAUUGAACAUGCGUAGACCUACAGAUAACGGUAUUCCUGCAACACUUGACACUGAAAACAGGCCCAAAAAUAGAAUUCAAGUGUCAAGGGAAGCCAAAUCUGUCAGCUUCUUUGUAAACCUUACGAAGAAAUUUUUACAAGCUGAAGAUGAAGUGGAGUUGAGUGGUUUGGGUUUGGCUGUCACCCCCGCCGUAACAGUCGCAGAAAUUCUGAAAAACAGAGAAUACGUGGUUAUCAAAAAAAUACGUACCUCGUUGGAGGAGAGACCUGGUGAACGUCGUUGGGCUAUUCCAAAGGCUCGCAUUCAGAUUUGGGUUGCAAAGUCGGACAAAUUUCACCAGCUUAUCGCCAGAGAACAGGAAGCUUUGCAGAGCCAAACUGUCGUUUAAGUUCCUGUGUUUGUGACGUUUUUUGAACUUUGCCUUUACAUAAAGUUGCGUAGUUUAUCCGGUUGAAUUGUCCAAU